AUGAACUUAGGAGACACCGCGGGAGGCACUUCUUCCUCUCCAAAACAGAACAGGAACGCUGGACCGAGCUUUAUACCAGAAUCCACGCCUAUCCGACGUCCGCACCCUUCGACCCCGCAGACCCAAAAUACAGACCCGGACUCAUUCUCCCGGCUCAAUGUCAACGCCGACGAGCUCUUUGGCGAUGCCGAGGAGAUGAUGAAUCUAGAUGAUGACGACCUUUACGACGAGGACGGUGGUAUGGAACCGGUGGAUCCGAGUUGGGAGAUGAUCGCUAGGAUGAGGACAUGGAGACACGAUGCGAUCCAUCAGCAUCUGUACGAGACGGCCGCCUUUUGGGGUGACAAGAUCUUUACAUGGACAGGCGAACCAAACGACGCCUUUUGGCUGGCUCAAGCGCAUUUCCUCAUGGGACAUUACCUCCGGGCUGAAAAGAUCCUUACCGGCCCAUUACCGCCUUCCCGUAUGCCUCGGCUCGGCAAGAAUGACAGGGAUGGAGAGGAUGCUGCUACCGACCUCAAAAGCAAGGGCAAGGGGAAAGGUCGAGCUGGUCUGAGAGAUUUCAGUAUGAUAGGUGCAGGCGAGGCGUUGACAGAAUGGAGCAUGCCAUGUAAAUACCUUGCGGCGCUAUGUAUGGUACAUCAAGAACGAUUCACCGACGCGCUCGAGUUGAUUGGCGAAUCGAACCCCUUUUCUGCCACUGGCAAGUCUCACAUCCGAAGCGAGACGGGCGAUCUCAAGAUGGAAGCCUCUUUGUGUAGACUUCGGGGCGUACUGUACCUCCGGCUCAACUCGCUACAGAUGGCCAAGGAAUGUUAUAUGGAAGCGCUCUCGCUUGAUGUCAGGAAUUACGACGUGUUCAACGAGUUGGUCAACGAGAUGAUGUCGCCCGAAGAAGAAUGGGACUUUAUACAGAGCCUGUCGUAUCGGGAACAGUUGGAAGAGGAGGACGCGGCAUUUGUCAAGCUGGUCUAUACAUCGCGCCUGAACAAGACCAUGUAUGGCAAGCAAAUUCGGAUAGCACGGCGCAAGUUGGCCGACGAGUACAACUUGAGCACCAAUUCGGACAUCUGGGUCGCCGCCGCCGAGGACCUCUUUGCCAAGUACAAGUACGAAGAGUGUUACCUGAUCACAAGCCGCAUCAUUGUCAACGAACCCGGACACGCGCAAGGUCUACCCCUGCAUCUCGCCUGUCUCGCACAGAUUCCGCGAUUGUCUUCGUCCUUGUUCAUGCUAGCGCACAAAUUGGUCGAACAGGAGCCUACAUCGCCCAUCUCGUGGUACGCCGUCGGCUUGUGGUACUUUCUUGGUGAGCGAUAUGCCGAGGCGAGACGAUACUUUGCCGCGACGCACGACGAGGAUACACGGUUCGCUCCCGCCUGGAUCGCGUUUGCGCAUUGUUUCGCAUACGAAAACGAACACGAGCACGCCAUCACCGCUUACUCUACCACUGCUCGACUGUUCCCUGGGUCAUAUUUCCCUCACGUUUGCAUCGGAAUGGAACAUCUCCAUCUGAACAAUCUCGAACUCGCGAAAGAGAGUUUCGAGUUGGCCCAGAAGAUGAACCCUUCGGAUCCAUUGCUGUUGAACGAAUUGGGAGUCUGUGCCUACAACCGUGGAGAUUACGAAGCCGCCGUCAAGCAUUACGAAGCCGCAAUCCAGGGAAGCAAGAAGAUGCAAGGCGUCGCUUCCGACUGGGCCGUGACGUACAACAACCUCGGCCAUGCUUAUCGUCGAUUAGAUCAACCGUCGAAUGCGGCACGAGCAUACUCUGACGCCAUCAAACUGAACGCGCUCAACAUCUCCGCCCUGACGAGUCUGGGCAUGUUGGCGCACGAAGAAGGCGACGUGACGACGGCGAUCGAGCGGUACCAUCAGGCCCUGGCGAUCGAGACGACGGACCCGAUCGCGACCUUCUUGCUGGAAAAGGCCUUGAAGGAACAGGUCGAGGAGGGCGCCUGUCGGUUCGACGGCUUGCCCGUCGGAUUGACUGAUCUGGACCUCGACCCGUUCGCGUUUGGGGAGGAGGCUAGAGGUGGGAUGCUCACCGGGAUGGACUACCCGGGGCAUCAGGCGAUGGGGCAGAACAGGUUGUUGGACCUUCCUCCUUUCCCUAAUUAUGGCAAAAUGGCGGCCCAGCGGGAGAUCGCGAAUGCGAGGAUCGACGCACUCUUCGACGAAGCCUAUGGGUCGGGACCAUUCGACGGCGAGGGUCGCGAGCACGGGGAUGGGUCUACGAGCACGGACGAGGGCGAGGACGGAGAAGAGGAGGAGGAUGAAGACAGGAGUGAGGAGAGGGCGGGGGACAAUUCAGCAGAUUAUGACGAGGCCGACGAGGACAAUAAUACGGCCAUGAGCGUGAGCAUGAACAUGAGCGUCAGUAUGGAGGAGGAGGAUGGUGAUGAAGACGGGAGCCUGAGCGCGGAGGAGCCGAGUCGGUCCAGGUCCAGAGUCGGAGAAGGGAGUACGAUGGACCUCGAGUAG